AUGUUUUCUUCGGCGCGAGAAGGCGCGUCUCUCGCUCCGGCCGCCCUGGAACCGGGCAAGGCUGAGGUGCUGUCUCCUCAGAUUCUCCGUGCCGUCGGCGACAAAAACCAUGAAAAGAGGAAGGCUGGGGCGCAGCAGGUCGAGACGCUCGUGCGCCUGGUGGUGCAUCGGAAACUGGAGAUCGAGGCGCGUCUCAAGACGUGCAUGGAGGAGCAAAGACCUGGAGAAGGGACAGCCGAGCGCAUGGGGGAAGAGGCGCGCGAGGCCCAAACGAGCGAAGAUGCCUUUUGGCGAAGCCAAAUCGAGGCCGAGGAUGCCAAAAUCCUGCAAAUUGUGUCCGUGCUAAACCGCGAAUUCCUGAUGCAUGUCCUGCCGAACCACCGAAAAGGGGGGCUCGUCGCUCUCGCCUCCAUCGCCAUUGCUCUCGAGGCUCAAGUCGAGCAGUUCCUGCCUUUCUUGUUGCCGCCUCUGCUGCGGGCGUUCUCGGACCCUGAGGCGCGCGUUCGAUACUAUGCAUGCGAAGCCCUCUACAACGUCCUCAAAGUCGCCCAGGCGUCGGCACUCACUUUCCUCAACGACAUUUUCGACGGCGUGUGUAAGCUCUACGGGGACGUGGACCUCGAUGUGCGAGGCGGCAUUUUGUUUGUCGAUCGACUUUUGAAGGAGAUCUUUGUCGCGGCAAGCAACUGGACGGGGAAAGAAGAAUUCCUGCUACUGCUCGUCAAGCGUUGUCGGGUGAAGAGUCCCUUUAUUAAGCUCCUCGCGCUUUCCUGGAUUUCCCUCCUCGAUUCUGUCCCAGACACGGACAUGCUUCAGCAUCUCCAGCUCUUCCUCGAGAGUCUUUUCGAGUUGCUUGGCGACACCAACAGGUCGGAAUUCGUGGUGGCUGCGCUCAGCGAUGCUUACCUUGUCAGCUGCAUAGACAUUCGACACGCAGCUGAUGCAUGCAUCGCCGGGCUCCUCGAAGAUGUUAAAGAGAACGGACACAAAACGGAAGUCACAGUCUUGGCGUCUGUGGCCCGAAUCGUCCUGAGGUGUCUACGCAGUCGCGACUCGUUUUCGCGCCUCACGGCCCUCGUCUGGCUGCAUGCACUUCUCUCUCUCGCGCUUCACCCCACUGGCCCCUCGUCCUUCGUCUCCUCGCCCUCCUCGGAGACCGCCAAGAAAUCCCUCGCCUCUCCUCGAACGCAGCACAGAUACGCCGACUCGCCGAGGGACAGUGCGGCGACACCGGCCGCGAAACAGACGAUAGAGAGAGAAGCGCUGAGCCGGAUUCGGCACGAAGACGCGCGGCACGAGGAAGAGAGAGACGAAAACGAAGACAGUGAAGACGAGAACCAUCGACGACACGUGUGGCAACUCGCGCUACAAAGAGAGCUGGAGCCUCUCUUUCCACAGAUCGUGGACGGCGUGCUCCAGUGCGUUGCCGACAGAGAAGAAGAGAUCCGGCGUCUCGCUCUCCAGAACCACCAGCAUCUCCUUUUCAAGAUGCUGGUUCAGGGUCUUGCCUUUGACGUCCGUCAAGUGGUCUACGUGUUGGUGUUUCAUCUGGACCUUCAUUCGCCUUCCUCGGCCUUUGCGGCUUCUCUGUCUCCGUCUCCCGUGUCUCUCGCGCCGUCUCCGUCGUCUUCGCGGGAGGCGAGCAGAACCGUCCGUCUCCUCUGUCUCCAGUGGCUGUUGCUUCUCCUGCUCCAGAAGGGGCGGCUCAUUUUCCUCGAAGAUCUCGACAGGCUUUUGCUUCGCGCUGCGCUCGUCGCGCUUCGAUUCGCCGAGAGGGCGGGACCUGACGCGGGGGGGGUUCAGCCGCAUGCGUCAUCGGUCUUCUCCGCCUCCUACGCGUCCCCAGCGUCGCAGUUUCCUCCGGCGUUUUCGGCUCGCGAGUCGCCGUCGAGGCCGGCGGGCCGGGACGAGAACAAGCAUGACUCCCCUGCUGCCGUUUCAGCAACGGAAAUCCACGCAGGGAGAGACGCGACCUGCGACGGCGAGUCUGCAGUCUCAGGCGCCACUUCCCCCGCGUCGGUCCCGCGAAGCAGCGAGCGAGAGAGUCGCGGGAGAGGCAGAGGACGGAGGCAGAGAAGGAAGAGCGAGAAAGAAGACGAAGAAAUCAGCGAGUUGGCUCUGCGCAUCAUCGCCAGACUCACAGACGGGGGCCACCACGUCUUUGAGAAACUCGUCGACCUCCUUCUCCAUUUCUUCGAGGCAGAACGGUGCAUGAUGGACACACGAGGGCGAGUCAUUCUUCGGCACCUCUGCGACUUCUUAGAGCCGCGCACGCUCUACGAGGGCGUGGCCGCUUCCCUCGCUCAGCGGACUCGGCUUAUACAAGAAGCUGCGCUCGGGAGAGAACAGGGCGAAGAGCGCGAACAAGACGAGGGACACGCAGCGGAAGGAGACGACGCAGAAAAAGGCCUCCGCGGAUUUCGCCAACGAGGCGAAAGCGCAGAGCACGAAAAGGAGGGGAACGAGAUGGCGGCAGACAAGGGGAAGCCCCCUCGAGGAGGGGACGGACAAAAGGAAGCAACCGAAGACGUUUAUUGUCCCACAGAAGCUCUUCAAUUCGUGCACCAGGCCGUGCAAGUCUUCAACUGGAUUCUCCUCUCUGCUCCAGAGACACAGUCGCUGCGAGAAGAGAUGCUUCGAGACUCCGAGGCUUCGCUCUUCCGCCGGCUGAUCCCAGCGUGGAUGCACAAUCCUGUCGCCACGCUCGCCCUUUCUCUCCGCGUGCAUCAACACCGCCUGGCCGUGGCGCUCGUCCAGCGACUAGCAACCGUCGGAAACCUCCCACUCCAGGUGUACGUGCAGCUUGAUCAGUUGGUGCUUCUCUUUGAGUCGCCGGCCUUCGUCUCAGUUCGUCUUCUUCUGCUUCGCCCUCAGGAAUAUCCUGAUCUCGUCCAGGCACUUGUCGGACUUUCCCUCCUGUUGCCUCAAAACGGAGCUUACGAGCUUCUCCACCGUCGUCUCUCUCUUCUCCCGUGCUCUGCUGCGUCCUGUCUCGCGCCGAUGUCCCCGCCGGAACAGCAGCCCGUGAUCGGCGAAAAGGAAAUAGACAAGGAUCGAAAGGCGGUCGAGGAGGCAUUUGUCGAGGAAGCGUGUGACUGGUUCGAUCGCCUGCAUCUUCUGCACAGUGUCGCAGUUUCUCUGGAAGAUGCACACGCUGCCUUGCCAGCGUCAUCGAUUCUGGGUCUCUUCCUUCCUCCCACUUCUCCUUCGCCAGACGACCGCGUGGCUUCGUCGCGCACGCCGCGAGGGAAGCCUAUGGAGACCGAACGGCAGCGUGAGUUUGGGCCGCCCUGCUCUUUGCGAGAUUGUGGAGAAGAGAAGACUGCGAGGCGAGAGGAAGAAGAGGUGGAAGAGAAGAAAGCAGAAACGGGGAAGGACGGGAAACCCUGUCCUGGGCUGCCGAGUGGACGGGAAGAAACUGCGCAGAGGGUUCGUCGAGACACUGGCGAAGCCGUCUUUUCUGACUCGUUAGUGGAAAGGCGAGACGAAGAAACGAAGCAAGAAAAGAUGAUAGGUUCAGGCGAGAGUGGAGCGAAGCACAAAGGCGUGGACGAGGAGAACGGCGAAAAGACUCGGGAGGAAAACGACAGAUAUAGCAGAGAUGGCGGGCUUGGGGAUGCAUCGGAAACGUCCGGCGAACGCAGACGCAUUAAGGAGAAAGAGCGGACGCUAGACACAUGCCGCGUUGUCUCGGAAUAUUCUACCCUCUCUGAUGUCUUGACACUGGAACGGAAUGACGAACGAAGCCUCUUCUCUGGCAACUCUCCGUUGCGCCACUUGAAUUCGAGUGCGCGAGAGCGGAGUGGGUCCGAAGAAAAGAGAGCAGGAUAG